CGCACACACCCACAGACGUCAGCUACGGACAGGAACUAUCAUGCAGUCUCCGCAAGACCAGAAGAAGCAUGCCAUCGAGCUCUUCAUCAAACACGCCAGCAAGGAUGGUGACGGCACAUCCAUGACCAAGGACGAACUCAGGGAAAUGUUCAAGAGUCUGCACGUGCUGAACCACAUCGACCUUGAUGCGAUGAUGAAAUGUCUGGACAAAGAUGGAGACAACCUCGUGAGCCUGGAAGAGUUCACCAGCGUCAUCGAAGUGCAGAAGAAAUGAAACGCUCAAUAAACCUUUUGGGUCAAAAUAAUAA